GUUUCGCAUGAAUUGCGCGUUUUGAGGAUACUGCCAUAUGCACUAUAUUUAGGUGUAAUUCAUAUAUUAAACACCGUACAAAUAGUGUUACAUGUACAUAUAAUUCGAAGCUGUUUAAAUCGUUCAUUAAGUGUUAUUAUAUUAGUGAUAACAUCAUAUCAUGUAUACAAAACUGUGGAUAUAAAUACAUUGUAUACUAAUUAGUUUACGUUGUAUACAUGACAUAUCGUUAAACGUUUAUGGUUAAUUUAUCAACGUAAUCAGUUCCGUGUAAGGUUGAAACUUUAAUACCGCUUUAAUAAAAAAGGAUACAUGUACAUAUUUAAAGAUAUUAUUAGAGGGCAUUGCUUUUAUCUAUUUACUUACGUAUUCUUACAUCAUAACAAUUUAAACAUAGCAAAUUCUGAAACGUUUAAGCUAUAAAUAAACAUCGGAUUUCGCGAGUUUAACAUGAAGAUUUAAGAUGAACAUUUUAUUUUUAUACAUGUAGUUAUUUGUAAGUUAUUUUUGUACAGGUGAUUUUCAAUUCCUAUAAGCAGUGUAUUAAGAGUCUGGACUCGGUUUUCACGUUUACAAAUCGGAAGUGAUAUUCAGGUACCUAAACGGAUUUUCUACGGUAUGCGGGGAUUUAUCAUUAUUUAUAUCAUGACCAUUUGAAAGAGAUCUGGACAAGAUAUCGUUAUUUUAAAUGCGUAUAUAAAGCUGAUAAUAACGUGAAAGAAAAGUGAGGAUCUAUUUCAUCAAUUAUAGAUAAUGACACAAUCAGUAAUAAUUGUCUAAAAAAUUGAGAUGCAUUGAAAACAACAAUUAACCUCUGUCACUUUCAAACAGUGCAUUCAAUCGUAUUUUCAUCCAGUGAAUAGAACUGAGUUGCAUGACUAGUGACAAAAUAUAAAACUUAUUCAGUUAUUUUUUGAAGAGAUUGCUAUUGCGGUAGACAUCUACUAAGAGGGAUGGCGACAGAAAUCGAGCUAACCAAUUGCAUAGAAGAAAGCGAGCCUUUGAAUGAGAAUGGUAGACAUAAUAAUAUUAAGGACAAAAAGAAUAAGAAGUUGCAUUCCACAUCAUCCAACUACGGAGAGUCAGAGAAAGGUCUCAUUCAAUAUAUCAAGAACGCGUCUUAUGAUUCUUUUAAAAGGCGUGGUAGUCAUGAGAUGGAAGACGCCCCAUUCCAAGACAGUCGUACUGGCUCAGAAGAAGACUUUCUAGAAUACGACGAUGAUGACCCAGUGUUUAACUGUGAUGCCUGUAAAAGAAGAAGACGGUUGACGGGAAUAGAGAAAGCUUUAAUUGCUUUCGGUGUAGUUUGUGUUAUAAUUAUCAUCGCACUUGCUGCUCAUAUUGGCAAAAAGAAAGACGUUAAAGUUCCUGAAAAAUGUGAGAGCGCAGGUUGUUUAAAGGCAGCAAGUUCGUUAUUAGGAGCAAUGGAUCCUACAGCAGAUCCGUGUGAAGAUUUUCACCAGUAUGCGUGCGGUGGUUGGCUCAAAGAAACACCUAUACCACCGGGAUACCGGGUAUGGGAUAGGUUUCAAGAGUUAGCGUAUAAAAAUAUGUAUAUGUUAAAGGACUUUAUAGAAUCUCACACAUUACACAGUCCAGCACAAGAGAAAGUUCGUAUAUUUCAUAAAAGUUGUAUGGCCGAAAGCAAAGUUGGUCGGCAAAAAACUCUGAAUGACUUUAAAGGUCUGCUGGCUAACAUAUCAAAAGAUGGUCAGGUUUUCAAUCUGAUGAAUACGUUAUCAGAAGUUCAUAAACUCAACACAUGGCCAUUAUUCCAAAUAAUGGUUGGACCAGAUGAGCGUAAUCCAGUCCAUAAUAUUAUAAAGAUUGAAGCGGCAAGCUCGCCAUUUCCUUACGGUAUUUUCAAAUCGGAAGAAAAGAAGUUGUUACAUCAGAGGAGCGCUAACAACACUGCCGAAACAGAAACAAGCGGAAACGAUACAGACACUUCAGGACCAAGUUCUGUCGCACCAAAUCUAACUACAACGACGAAUGGGACAGAAAAUAACAAUAACGAGACAAUUACAGAAGCGCCAACACCAAGAACAACAACAAAACUUCCACAUAUAAAACAUACCCACCCUCAUCCUGUACACAACCUGUCAGAUUUGGUAAAAGAUUAUCUGAAGGAAACGUCACUGUUGCUGCAAACUCUAUGGGACAAGCAGAAAGAGGAAGCAGACAACUUGGCUGAAAUGCUUCUUGUUUUGGAGAAAAAGCUGUCCCUUGCACAUGACAUAGAUCUUCAUAUUCAUAACCGAACACAGGCUUACAAUGCGAUGAAAGUGAAAACCCUGCAAACCAAAUGUGGCAACAUGAUUCCAUGGGCAAACUAUUUAAAUGGAAUUGUCGGAUCUCCAUCCAAACGCAUAGCAGAUCAAACAGAAGUAAUUGUCUUACACGAGAAUGCGUUAUUAGAGGUGUGCGUUAUUGUAAAUGAGUACAAACAAAACAAAACUUUAACUGGAAUCCUCUCACAGUACAUUGCACUGAGUAUUGCAAGAUCUAUGUUUAAAUACUUUGACUUAAGCACAUUUGACCCUGAAGUGGACCAAGCUACAGAUGUAGACAUGGAAGGCGAGCAUUGGAGAAGAUGUACAUUUUAUACAAACAAGGCAAUGGGAUUAGCCACCGGUGCUAUAUACGUGAAUGCAACGUCUAUAGAUAAAUCGAUGUCCAGGGAUGUAGACCGUGUUGAAAAGAUAAAAGUUUUGGUUGACUAUGUUAAAAAGGCAUUUAAAGAAUACCUUUUACGAAAGAUCUGGAUGGACUCUACAACGAAACAACAUGCUUCUGCGAAGAUUGAUGAAAUGAUUGAGAAAGUCAGUUAUCCGUCCUUUAUUUUAAAUACUACAUUCCUCGACCAGUUUUAUGAGCAGUUUUCUGUUGGCUCGGACUGGUUUAGAAACUUGCUCAAUUGGAGAACAUUCACCAUACAGAACAUGAUAAACGACUUAAAUGAAAGUUUUGACAGACACAACAGUUGGCUGAAUCCACCUGUGACUGUUGAAUCAGAUUACUCGCCAGUCCGUAAUGAUAUAAUCUUCCCCAUAGCCUUAUUUCAUCUACCAAUAUUUAGCAAUGAAGGGCCCAGUGCCUUAAAUUUUGGUGCGAUCGGGUCGUUGAUUGGUCACGAAAUAACUCAUGCUUUUGACAUACAAGGAAGACAGUAUGACGGCAAAGGUGUCCUCAGAGACUGGUGGGAUCCUCUUACUGCCAAACAGUUUAAUGUAACUACUCACUGUAUGAAAGACCAGUAUGAUCAUUUCAAGAUCAACAAUCAUACAAUAAAUGGGGAGCAAACGCUAGAGGAAAAUAUUGCUGAUAAUGGCGGACUACGAGCCGCAAAUAUUGCAUAUGAAUUAUGGUUAAACGAACACGGAACUGAAGAACCAAUUCCAGGUGUUACACUAACUAAUCGACAAAUAUUCUAUGUCAGCUUUGCUCAGUUAUAUUGCUCAAAAUGGACAGAUUCUGGGAUCGAAGACUUUUUGUUGUGGGAUACCCAUAGUCCUGGGCCAUAUAGAAUUGAAGGUGCCUUGUCGAAUUCACUAGCAUUCCAGGAAGUGUUCAAGUGCUCUUAUAUUUCACAAUACAAUCCAGCAACCAAAUGUGAAGUUUGGUAGUUUGCAUCAAAAGUCAACUCAAAGAAGACUGCUUCGCUAGCGUUUGCUAUUUAAGUUGCUGCUUGUAUAUACAAAUAAUGCAAAAAGUCUUUUGACAUCUACUAGAUAGAUAAAAUAUAAGAUAAUCAAAGUUGCAAGAAAUCAACUGUUAUCAAAUAGAUGUUUGUAUAGUAAUAAAUUGAUUAGGAUCUGGUGUUGGUGAAAAGGACAAUAUGUAAAUACUUUGACAUACUAACAACGGUUAGCCUUUUUUGUUUUCAAUGUGAUAUAUUUGCAAGGAAAUGGCGUUAUUCUCUACAAUAAACAUUGCUUUUCAAAGCUUCUGUAGAGAAAAUUGAGGAGUCUUUUGUGAUAUUUACUCCGACCUUUUCGUGAUCAAAGUAUAGCUUUCAGUUGAUGUAGAUGGAGGUGAGAUUAUACUUUGCCCUGUGAAGUUUUUGUGUUCUUAAUUUGCAGUUGCGAAUAUUUUUUAUUUAAAACAAUAGAGUAACUUCAAGGACAAGUGUAUGUUAUGUUAGUGUUUAUUGUUUGUAUUUUAUGUUAAGACAUCCAAUUUAUGUUUAUUAUAAGCUGUGAAUGCUUAUUAAUUUAAGACUAUGAAGAAUGAACAAAGACAACUGGAUAUUAAGUUGAACUAUUUUGAAUGUGAGCAAAGGUUUGAUGUGUAAUUGAUACAUGAUGAGUAAUUGAUACUUGACGUUUUGCUUUUGCCUGGAUAAGCAAUCUAUAAAAAGAGGUUCAGUUAAAUUUAAAAUUUGUGAAUCCUUUUAAAACUGUUUAGUUUAUGUUUUCUAAUUUAUUUUUUGCCAUGCUUUGCUUUAUUGCUAGUUAAACAGAUCAGUUACAUACAAUCAUUUACAUGACAAAAGAAUUAAGAUCAGGAGUGAUCAACAAACCUUAAAACAAAAUUAACUUUAAACCCAAUGUUGUUUUGUAAGAUUAAUAACAUAUUUUAUUUACUUGAAAAUUUGACAUUUUGUAAGCAUUGAUAUGAAUGGGAAUAUAAUUCUUGGACUGGUUUUUAUCAAUCUAAUAUAUUUUUAGCUAUGUUGGUCAUAUUUUGUAAACCAAACAAUACGUUUCCGGGUGAAAGGAUAAAGUGCAAUGCGCGGAUUAAAAAAAUAAUUAAAGAGAGAAAAUCUUUAAACACAGAUAAAAAACUUCACUGAAUUUACACGUUUAGAUUUAUUUUGUCUUGUAAAAUGCGUAAAUGCGUCUUUAAAUUGAUUGGCCGAGUGAUUCGACUUCACACCACUCACCAAUUGUCGUUGUUGGUUCGAAUCCCGCCAGGACUGGGAUAUUUUUAUGUGAGGAAGCUAUUGAGCUAGCUUACAGACGCCUGUGGUUCUACUUGGAUGCUAAUUCGUACCCAAAAUAUUGCAUAGAAGGGCACCCAAGGCCUUCCUUCACAAGUAAAGCUAAAAAGUUGCCAUUUUAACAUUACAGUGUACGUGCAACAUCAAACCAAAUAACAAAAAUAGUAAUUGCGUAGAUUUAAAAUAAAAUACAGUGUAAAAAAUCUUUUAAUCUUAAAUGUCAAUGAGCUUAUUAAGUUUUCUAGUUUACAGUUGCUAUCGUGUUCUGACUUUGUCUCUCCGCUGCCGUUUCUAUAUAUAGAUGUUAAUUGUCUGAUAAUUAGCAAAACAUUGGAUUCAUUAUGCAACGUUUCAAGUCCAUUAAAAUAUUGAAUCUUUCUGUUUUGCUAUGAUUUUUUUUAAAUGUAUCUGUAUAUUUUUAUUAAGGUAUCUUAUGCUUUGCUUUUCUUUUAGUUAGAAGAAUCGAUGAAAAGAUAAGAAAAAAUUUUGGACAAACAUAUCUGUUUUCGUUUUAUUUUCUAGAUGUGAAAAGAGUUGAUAUCAAAAGGAUUAUAUACCAUGAAUACAAAAUGGCAAUGUUAUUGAUAUCUUUAUGAUGUAUUUGGUUGACUAAAUUGUUAUUGUUGUCUGUUUAUUAUGACUGUGUAAAUAACUGAGUUUAUCUUUAAAGAAAGUACUUCCAGAGUUUUAUCAUAUCAUGCAUUCUUAUAUAUUUUUGCAAUAAAGAUUCUUGAUAAAGAUU